AGAGAAGCGUUUUCCCUUGUAGUGAGUGAGGCACAGCUACAGGUCUGUGCUGGUCCUGGCAGGAUGACAGUUCUCAAGGCUCUUUAACUGCGGGUCAGUGAGCGGCCCAUUCUGACAGAAAAUUGGAUUAGAACAGCGAGCGCAGUUUAAGAAACGGGUUUAAGACGGACUCCUCCUCCGUCACGCCACCCUUCCCUCGAGACCGUCGGGUGUUUGACCUCUCGCUAAGGUUCUUCUGUAUUAUUAUUAUUCCUCCUCGCGCCAGCAAUUUAUCACGUUCAGUAAUUCGACCAGCCGCUGCGGACAUGUCAACAUCCAGCGAAUGCAGCUUCAGCUAUGAGGAGUACAAAGAAACAGCUGACUGGCUGCUUGCUAAUACAGAUAUCAGGCCCAAAGUGGCAAUAAUCUGUGGUUCGGGACUCGGCGGAUUGGCUGACCUGCUGGACAACAAGCAAGUGUUUUCUUAUGACAAAAUCCCACGCUUUCCACACAGCACAGUGCAAGGACAUAAAGGUCAGCUGGUGUUUGGAGAGCUGAAUGGGAAGCAGUGUGUUUGCAUGCAAGGCCGUUUCCAUUUUUAUGAGGGCUAUAAUGUUGCUACGGUCACGUAUCCAGUAAGAGUGUUUUUCCUUCUUGGAAUUGAGACUUUGAUUGUGACCAAUGCUGCUGGAGGACUCAAUCCUAAAUUUAAAGUGGGUGACAUCAUGGUGAUCAAAGACCAUAUCAAUAUGCCAGGCUUUGCAGGCCAGAAUCCUCUGUGUGGACACAAUGAAGAAAGAUUUGGAGUGCGCUUUCCCUGCAUGUCUGAUGCUUAUGACCGAGAUUUGGCACAGUUGGUCCGGAAAACUGCCAAAGAACUGGGCUGUGACUCUUUCCUCCAAGAGGGCGUUUACUGUAUGUUGGCUGGACCGUCCUAUGAGACCAUUGCAGAAUGCAGAGUGCUACAGAUGCUUGGUGCGGAUGCUGUGGGCAUGAGUACCGUUCCAGAAGUGGUGAUCGCUCGGCACUGUGGGAUACGUGUGUUUGGACUUUCCCUUAUUACCAACAAAGUAGUGACCGACUACGACAGCAAGGAACGGGCCAAUCAUGAAGAAGUCCUGGAAACCACCAGAAUGCGAACUGAAGACCUGCAAAGGAUAGUCAGCAAUGUAGUGAGAAAAAUGUAGCAAAAACAAUAAUUGACAUCAAAUACUGCUGCUGAUUUAAACGCACUGAUUUUCACCAAGACAGCUUAACAAUGUAGAACGCAUACAGUAUACUACUUAACGCUUCUCAUAUAUCUUAUUCAGGGUAACUUUAUGAACUUUCCAGUGCCUCAAGACUUUGUAAACACCAUGGUACUAACACAUCACUAUGAGACUAGGUAUUAAUAUCACAUGUAUACUGUAUUAUGCAUUCGCUUCCUUCCUAAAAUGAAUGUUAAGAACAAAUGAAGUAGCAGCAUUACAUAACUAUCACCAUUCCUGUCAUUAUGUCUUGAAAGAAGAGUUAAAGAACAAACGUGCAGGAAAAUGGACAAGCACAUACCUACUUUAUACAGUGAUGCAAUCCAACUUAACUGGAUAAAAGGGAGCUUCAAAGACUGCAAAAUUACCUAGCAACAUAAUCAAACACUAUAUUAUACAAGUAAAUGUUUUAUCUUUUUGAAGUUUUAUCAAAUUGUCUGAUGUUUCCAAAGAAAUUUACAGACUUUAAAUGUUUUCUGCAAGUAAUAUGUAACAAAUUAUUAGAGAUGUUUUAUAGUUUUUUAAUAAUCUAGGAAUGUGAUGUAUUUUACUACGAACUGUAUUUUGACAAGCACAAUAAUAUCAAAUAAAAUAUAAAUAAUG